UACUUAAUAAACUGUAACCACUGGCCCUGAAAGUGGAACGAAUCAGUUGGCAUCAACAGUCCCUCUUCUCCUUUACUUCAGAAGGAGGAAACACUGCCCACGUAUCAUACAUAUACAGUUCUCAGAUUCUCACACUUACAUAUCCUGAAUGUCAACUGUACUACAGUUUUAAUAAAUGAAAAAAAAAAUCUGCCAUACAUGCUGUUUCCAGACAGAAGUUCUUCAGGUUCUAAUGUCUUCUGGAUGAGUGGCAUCAGAAAAUUCUUCAAUGGAAAUAUGGUUUCCUUAACUUAUUGCAGAGGAAAAUUUAGUUUUAUUUUAAUGAAGAUGUAUAAAAUCAAGUCUGCAUCUAGGUUAUCAUUUGUGUCGUUUGUUAUAUUCCUUUAUGUUGACACUUCUUAUUUCAAAGCCUUUUAUUGUCUUUGUAACUGAAACAGGCACCAUUUCACAAUUUGGCUAUUUCAAAAUAAAUUGGUCUCCAUUGAGAACGUGGACAUCACUAGGAUUGUACCAAGAAGAAAACAGUUACUACAUGAAAACCAUGUGAGUAUAACAUCCUAAGAGUGAUAAACACCAGAGUGAGUGGUGUAGGGAUGAUGGUUCAAGAGACCAGUCAGAAAUGCUUGGUGUUUCACAAGUCGUUUCUGCUACAGAAAUGAGGUUCCUCUUCAUACAGUAUCUCAGCUCUUGUGAAUCAGCUAUGGGACAAGCCACAAGGAUUUCAGCAGUAUCUUUUCUUCUAACAGGCUUGUCACUAUGUGCCUUUUGUCAAAUAUGGCACAUCAGUAUGCCAGAGAAAGUCUUUGCUGUGGAAGGCUCCUGUGUUGUCAUCCCCUGUCAAUUUUACUACUCUGGUCCCAGAAGAACAAUUACCAGUGUGGUGUGGUACACAGCACAGCAGGAGAAGGUGUAUGACAGCAGGAACACAGAAGCAGUGAGCUCCAAUUUCAAAGGCCGAACCCAUUUCCUUGGGAACUUGACCCAAAAUAACUGCACUUUGAGAAUUGAUAAAACGACACCCUCGGAUCAUCUAAAAAGGUUUUCCAUUUUGAUAUGCUUAGAUGACAUACAAAACAUUACCGUGAAGAGCUCAACACUAAAUGUUUCAGAUGGAAUAGGUGUACCCAGGAUAUCUACAACAACAGGUUUAAGGGAAGGUGUCCCCAGUACUAUCACCUGCAGUGUGGUUCAUGGUUGUCCUACCUCUCCACCUUCCCUGCAAUGGAUCUCUCACAGUAUGGUCAGUGUCCACCACAAGGAAUUAUCUUCAGGCAUUUGGGAGACGACGGCAACCCUAACCUUCAUCCCAUCCUUCAGUGACCACAGAAAAAAACUGCAAUGUGUCGCUACUCUUUAUGCAGGAAAGAAUGCAUCAGCAGCCAUUGACUUGACUGUUGAAUAUAAGCCCCGUAUAUUUCCUAACUCUAGUUGCACUGUGUAUGGGGACAUGGUGAGAUGUGAGUGUUGGGGGGUUUCAAGCUCUCCAGUGGAUUUUGAGUGGGAUGUAGGAGCAAACCGUAGUUUGGCAGAGUUCAACCACAGCAGUGCAAUUCAUGAUCAUCAAAUUAGAGGAUUCCUCAUAGGGAGAACAGGAAUUGAGGAUAAUAUCUCCUGCUCCUCUGCGAACCAGUUUGGAAAUGUUUCUUACUUCCUCACUGUAUUUAAAGGUCGGAGUAGAGAUGAGCAGUCAGUGCAAUGGUGGAUAGCUGCACUGGUAACACUUGUUAUUGUGCUUGUUUUGACUGCUAUCCUAGCAUUCACAUGGAGAAGAAUUCACACCUGGGAGGUGAGAGAUCUAGUGUCUGAGCAAGAUGAAAUAAGUCAUCCUCCAAUCAUGAGGCCUGUAAUGACAAGAGUGUCACCACCCCCAACAUGCAUCAGUGUUUCUGCCAGGGAGACCUUCCACAGCAACUCAGCUGGAGAGAAGUUAUUUCAAAGUCGACCCACAACUAUCGGCAUUGUUUGGCAAAAGGAGGACGAUGAAGAACAAGAAAAAAGGACAUCUAAAUGUGAAAGGAGGAUGACUCACAACACACAGAGUCAGUCCAGUGAGGAGGUGGAUGCCGAUAAUAUAUAUAUGGAAAUGCAUGGACAGCUAAAUGAGCAACGUUGCAAAGAGGAUGACGAUGAUGUUUAUGAAGAAUUCCAUGUCACUAAGGACUGUAAAGACACUGACUCUCAAGGAAAGAGGCUCUCAAAUCUUUCAAUAGUGGGAACUCCAUAGCAGCUGUUUUCUCAUAAUGUCAUAAUGUUAACCUACUCAAACUCUAGGUAGUUAAUAACAGCUAAUAACAGUUAAUAACAUAAGGAUGCUGAACACGGAUAUUUGUUGCUGGAUGUUUGAAGUUUCUAAGAAAUUAAGGCAGACAGUAAAGACCACCACUCAAAUUCUGCAAUAAAACAGAUAGAACAAGAACAAGAAACGAUAACGUUUUUGGUCACAUGUUUAAUUAAAAUGGUUUUUCAAACAUUUCAGGU